AUGGUAUCCAAAGGAUUAUGUUUUUAUGGACAUUGUAUUGUCAUGUUCCUUCUUCAGAUGAUCACACCAAGCUCAGAGAAAUUCACAGUGACUGGCUUGGAGGGGCCAGUCUUGGCUCCAUUGGGUGAAAACCUUGAACUCAGUUGUCAGGUGUCCCCAUCACAACAUGCACAGCACAUGGAGAUUCGCUGGUUCCGGUACCAUUAUACACAGCCAGUGUACCUGUACAGGGAUGGCAAAGACAUGUAUGGAGAAACUAUCUCCCAGUACGUGGAGCGGACAGAACUCCUGAAAGAUGACAUUGGAGAAGGAAGAGUGACCCUCAGGAUCUUCAAUGUGACCAUUGAUGAUGAUGGGCCAUUUCACUGUGUCUUCAAACACCGCAAUUUUUAUGAAGAGCAUGUCACAGAGGUCAGGGUCACAGCUGUGGGCUUGCAGGUACAGAUUCAUGUGCAUCCUCCUAAUACCAAAGGUUUAAUAGUGGAGUGCAACUCUGGAGGUUGGUUUCCACAGCCUCUCAUGGAAUGGAAGGACAGCAGAGGAGAGGUCAUUCCAGCUGCAUCAAAAUCUCAUUCUCAGGAUGAAGGCAAACUAUUCAAUGUAAAGAUGAUUCUUCUCAUUAAUGACAGUUUCUCCCAGAGAGUCAUUUGCUGCCUUCAGAAUCCUCUGACAGGCCAAAAGCAAAGGACAAGUAUUUCCAUAUCAGAUGAAUUUUUUUCAUGGAACAGGAAGUGGAAAAUGAUUCUGAGUAUGAUAUUAUUUGUGAUGCUAUUCUCAAUACUGGUUUCCAGUUGCCAAACGCAUAUUAGAAAUCAAAGUGGCUUUUGCACGUGGACUUCUUCUUUCUCGAUAAGCAUAUCAAUAAUGAUUCUUUCAGUGUUGAUUGUCAUAGGUGUCCUGGUGUGGUUGUAUAAGAAAGAAAGAGUUCCUAUUUCAGAUGCACAUUUUGAAUUGGAUACAUUGUGGUUAGAAGAUAUAAGCGUCAUCCUUUGUGCACUGAUGGUAUCUGCCACCAUGCUCAUUUCCUAUGUAUACUUCAAAUUGAAAGGUCUCCUAACAGUGGUAUUAGGUUUUGUCUCUGAUUCUUUUGACAGCUAUUGGGACACUCUUACUCCUACUGGAUUGUCUCAUCCAGCCUUGACAUGA